CCCUACCUCUCUUCUUCCCCCUCUCCCUUCCUCGCCCUCAGCCCCAUCCAUUUCCCUGUUCCUGUGGAACGGGAGAAAGAUCGUAAUUUGUGCCUCUCUUCAUCCUUCUAUCCUCUUCUCUUUCUCUCGAUUGAUCUCCCCUGCAUUGUGUUCCAGUUCUGUCUUCUGUCAGAAUCAGAGAUGAUCGUCUUUGUUCUUCGAUGACUUGUUUAUAACGUUACAACCGAUCGAGAUGGAGUAUGAGGACCGAUUCAGACAGGUUCAGAGUCCCAAAUACGAUUGUCUUCUCUUCGACUUGGAUGACACGCUCUAUCCCUUGAGCUCAGGCGUCGCAUCUGAGUGCCUCAAGAACAUUGGAGAUUACAUGGUCGAGAGACUCGGAAUCGAAGAAAGAAAGAUCUCAGACUUGUGUAAUCUUCUUUACAAGAACUAUGGCACAACGAUGGCUGGACUACGAGCCAUCGGCUACGAGUUUGACUAUAAUGAUUACCACAGCUUCGUUCAUGGACGAUUGCCUUACGGAAAGUUGAAGCCCGAUCCUGUUCUUAGGCAUCUUCUUCUUAGCCUCCCAAUUCGCAAAGUCAUAUUUACCAAUGCUGAUGAGGUGCAUGCUGCUAAAGUCCUCCGAAGGCUUGGCCUCGAAGACUGCUUCCAGGGAAUCAUAUGCUUCGAGACACUUAAUCUUUUGCCGCCAUCUUCUUCUGAUCAAGAACGCAAAACUGAAGUAUUCGACAUUGUCGGUCACUUCUCUCAUCCGACUGAUGGAGUUGAACUGCCCAAGACACCGGUUCUGUGCAAACCAUCAGUGGAUGCAAUGGAGCAUGCUCUCAGAGUUGCUGGCAUUGAUCCACAAAGAACAAUGUUCUUCGACGACAGUGUUCGCAAUAUCCAGUCAGGGAAACACAUUGGCUUGCACACAGUUCUGGUGGGCACUUCGCGCAGGAUCAAAGGCGCAGACCACGCACUGGAAAGCAUCCACAACAUGAAGGAGGCAUUCCCUGAGCUGUGGGAGGAGGGCGAGAAGUCAGAGCUUGUUCUUCACUCAGGAAAGAUCGGGCUGGAGACAUCUGCCAUCGCUUAGUUCUUGCAUGUAGUCACUGGUAGAGGAGGAGAAGAGAUCAUCAGCAUGACAUGGAUGAACCCUAUCUGCUACUUGGAACAUGUUGUACUCAAUGUUCAGAAAUAAGAUUUCUUAUCUGGAAAUGUUGAUGCA